GGCGGGGCGCGGAGGGGAGCUGUCAGGCUACAGAGGGAGGGGUCUUUCGCUGCCGGCCUUAGGCCCUGGCCUUGGAUAGGGGAGGCCGCCCGACGCCGAGAGCCCUCGGUACCCAUGGGGGAUCCCUGAGUGCGGUUUUCCUUCCCCUUUCUACGGGUUGGUUUUCUUUAGUUGCCCUGGAGCCCAGCAGAAAUGACGGAAUACAAGCUGGUAGUAGUGGGUGCUGGUGGCGUUGGAAAGAGUGCAUUAACGAUACAGUUAAUCCAGAAUCAUUUUGUGGAUGAAUAUGAUCCCACUAUAGAGGAUUCCUACCGGAAGCAGGUGGUUAUCGAUGGAGAGACAUGCCUUUUAGAUAUCCUGGACACAGCUGGGCAAGAGGAGUACAGUGCCAUGCGUGAUCAGUACAUGAGGACAGGAGAAGGCUUCCUGUGUGUCUUUGCUAUCAAUAAUACAAAGUCUUUUGAAGAUGUUCAUCAUUAUAGGGAACAGAUCAAUCGUGUGAAGGACUCUGAUGAUGUUCCCAUGGUCCUCGUUGGCAAUAAGUGUGAUCUGCCUUCUCGGACAGUGGAUACUAAACAAGCUCAAGAGCUUGCAAGAAGCUAUGGAAUCCCCUUUGUAGAGACUUCAGCUAAAACCAGACAGGGAGUGGAAGAUGCCUUCUAUACCCUGGUGCGUGAAAUUCGAAAGCACAAAGAAAAGAUCAGCAAUGGACGCAAGAAGAAAUCUUCUAAAAGAAAGUGUAUUAUCCUCUAAGAGAGAUGUUGUUGCACUGCUGGAAGUGUGGGAAAAAACCUUUGUUUGGGUAUUUUUCCAGCCUGCAAGAUAAAUUCUGAUGGCCUUGUCCCCUCAUCCUUUUCAGCUGGAACGCAAAGGUGGUGGUGUUCUUAAAAUGUUUUUGUUUUGUUUUGCUAUUUUUAAAACUUGGACAUCACAACCAAUAUUAAUAACUACAUUUGAUAGUCUUGUUGCUUCUCUGCAGAGUAAAAAAAAAAGAUCCUUAGGAUAACAAGGAUUACUUCAUAAAAUCAUCCAGUGUAACCUGAUCCCAGAAACUAAAUUGAAGGAACAGCAGGAAAGCAAUGUUUCGUUCAGAGCAUGGUGUCAAACUUGCAGCAUAUGUAGCUGUCAUGUGACUUAUUGUGCCGUUUUCCCUUUGUGGAGCUAGGAUGGGUGUGGUCUGUGCAUGAUGCAUCCAACCUGUAGGCCGCCAGCUUGACGCCCCCAAUUCAGAGUAUUACCUAGUGGUCUUGUUUGUAGCAUUUUCUUUACUUUGGUUCUUUGCAAUAUUGAAGAAAAAGUCAAGUAGAUGUGACGUCAUCUUUUUUGCUAUCUGGAGAAAUAAGACUGUUUGAAGGUAACGAAAAAUAUCAAUUGCAAAAAUGUGGAGAGCCAAACCCAUUUUAGCUGUUUCACCCCUCCGUAUUAAAAUAGAUGGUGCUCAGCUUUUCUGGAUGGUUAAAUUCAAUAUUUACUUUUUUGACUCUUCCUAAUUUUCAUUUGAUUUGUUUUGUGUAAUUCCUGUGUUCUCUAAACUGAACCAGAAAUGAUAAUACAUCAACAAUGUGAAAGAGAAGUAGGGCUAUUUGGGUAAUACAAGAUUUCCAAAUGUAAUGACAUAUUGUUUGAAGAAUAAUCUGAAGAUGGUUGAAUGAUGGCACUGUGAAACAUCCUAAAUAUAAUCUAUCACUGUUGUUCCCCUUUCUUAAUAGGUAUUCAUGUUUUGGGGAAUAUGGUAAUGUUUACACAUCAUAGAAAACAGAAAAGAGAAAUAUGAUCAAAAGAUCUCUUAUCCACUUUUCCCCUUUUAAUCAUCUGAAUAUUUUAUCUAACCCCUGGGAAUAAGAAGUAUAGGUACUUAAAGACUGGCAGUGAGAAAACAGAAGAAAUAUGAAUUAUCAUUCUGUUAGUGUUUAAAGAUAUCAGUUAUUGUCCUUUUGUAUAUUUAACUUUCUCUUUUCCCUCCUCCAAUUCAAAAUCCUUUGUAACCUAUGUUCCUAAGGAACUGUACAAUAAAUACAUGCCACCACUUGGAAUAAACCUGUGAAUAAGCUA